AUGUGCAGCUUUGAUCAUCAGGACAAAUCAACUUUUUUGUCCGGCCGGAGGAAGAAACCUCUCCGUCCCAUCAUUUCACCCUCAAUUAUGGUGGCAGACCCAACACAACUUCUGUUGGAAGCCCUGCACGUGUUGUCUCCCGAGGGCGGUGCUGUGGAGUGGCUUCAUGUUGACGUUAUUGAUGGCCAUUUUGCGCCAAACAUGUCGUUCUGCUCAGACACCGUGGCUGGGCUGCGUCGCCAUCUUCCCCACGUCUUCCUUGACGUCCAUCUUAUGGUGGCGGAGCCUGAAAAAUGGGUACGUCCGUUUGCUGAUGCGGGGGCAUCGCAGUUUACAUUUCAUAUUGAAGCCACACAGGAGCCAGUUGCUUUGGCAAGCAAAAUUCGUGAGGCUGGUAUGCAAGUAGGUGUUGCAAUUAGUCCCCGCACCGCAAUUGACGGUCUUAUCCCACUUAUUGAGAACGGUCAUUUGGAUAUGGCACUUGUCAUGACUGUAGAGCCUGGAUUUGCGGGGCAAAAAUUUCUGUCGGGGCCUCUUGCAAAAGUGCGUCAGCUGCGUGGACGGUACCCCCACCUGAACAUUCAAGUGGAUGGCUCUAUUAAUCUCGAUACUGUGAAUGAGGCGGCAUUAGCAGGGGCCAACUGUUUGGUUCCAGGACAGGCCGUUUUCAAAGCCAAGAAUAGGCAGGAGAACGUCAUUCACUUGCGCCGUGUCGUUCACCGCCACUUGAAAUCCCACCUUUAG